AUGAAGCCAGCAAUUAGCAAAAUGAGCACGAUUAUAACUUUCAGAAAAACAGAACUAAAACUAAAGAAUCAAACCUACGCUAGCCAGCCUGUAUUGCUAAACGUGUGGAAGAUCAAGCACCGAUCGCGACCACUCUCACUCGACAGCCAAGACACGAGCUCAUCUGCCAGCUGCUUAACCCUCGCCUCCACGUUGUACAGCUCCACGUACCUUCUAAGAUGCUUGGGCUUCGCCCCCAGCCAUCCCAGUAUCACCACCGCGAUCUCGGGCCCUCCGUCAUGGACGGCGAUCCCAUCGCCUAAACCGUUGGUAUUUGGGCCUGAAGCGAAAUUCCAGCGGAAGGAGGCGUCAUACGGGCCGAAAAGAAAUUGGUGGGCGAAAUUUCCGGGUAUGGAUAAAUUGGUCGUACCGGGGACCGGACGAGAGUUGAAAGACCGAUUGAAUUGGAAUUUGGAGGAGUGGUUUUGGGAAUUGAACGACAGGGAGGAGAAUCGACACGCAAAGUGA